CUUCCUCUCCCCGCUCUGCCGCAGCCCAGCAGCCAUGUUCGGGCCUUGGAUUUCUGGGCCUGCCAGGUCCUGGCCGUCCCAUUGUCGCCUUUCGCUGACCUGGGCUCCCACCCACGUCUCGUGAGACCUGGCUUAGGGUCCGAUCCUGGCGGGAAGCACUGCAUCGACCCGAACAUUUCGCUUCCCUCGAGAUGGGGUUGAAGGACCGGGCAGACGCGUUGCGACGCUCCGAAGCUCGACCCGGGCUUUGGGGUAGAAACACCCGAUGAGGAACUGGGUCGGGGAGCCAGCACCUGGGCGCGCAGGGAGUGGGCGGGCCCGGUGGCCCGGACUGCAUUUCCCAGGCGGCCUCGCGCACUACCGGAAGUGCUGCGAGCCUAUAAGAGCGCGAGGCGGUGCCGGGCGCUGGGCUGCCCGCUGACGGCGCGCCUUCUGGAGGGUCCGGCCUCGAGCUUCCAGGAGCCUGGGGAGUGGCGGCUCAGGUGUCUGGCAGAGAGGCGGGUCUCGGAGAUCCCGGCCCCGUUGCGUCCCACUGUGGUUAGGGGGUCUUGCUAACUUCUGGAGACUGACCUCAAACUUGCAGCCCUUCUGCCUCUGGAGUUGCUGGGAUUACAGGCAUAUGCCACCACACUAGGCUGGGUUUCAGGAUUCUCAAAGUCCCCCCAUCCAUCUGUGAAGGAAAAGCAACAAACUGACUCUCUGUCCCUUCAUCUGUUUGUGGUUAUGAGAACAAGUCCUGCAGAUGUUAAGUGUUUUGCUCAAGGUGCCCAGUUUGUAAGAAUCAGAGCCCAGGGCGUCCCCCUGUUGUCAGCCUACUUCUGGGUCCAAAGGAGUUCUUAAUCAGAAUGGCUUCAAGAUGGUUUUACCUGUCCUGCCUUGUGCUGGGAUCCCUGGGCUCAAUGUGCCUCCUCUUCGCUGUCUAUUGGAUGCAGUACUGGCGUGGUGGCUUUGCCUGGGAUGGCAGCAUACACAUGUUCAACUGGCACCCAGUGCUCAUGGUGUCUGGCAUGGUGGUGCUCUACGGAGCUGCAUCGCUGGUGUACCGCCUGCCUCAGUCCUGGGUAGGACCCAAGCUGCCCUGGAAGCUCCUCCAUGCGGCCCUGCACCUGAUGGCCUUCAUCCUCACUGUUGUGGGGCUGGUUGCCGUCUUUCAAUUUCACAGCCACUCAAACAUCGCCCACCUCUACUCCCUGCACAGCUGGCUGGGUAUCACCACCGUCAUCCUCUUCGCCUGCCAGUGGUUCCUGGGCUUUGCCGUCUUCCUCCUGCCCUGGGCAUCCCUGUGGCUGCGCAGCCUCCUGAAACCGAUCCAUGUCUUCUUUGGAGCCUCCAUCCUCUCUCUGUCUUUGGCAUCUGUCAUUUCUGGCAUUAAUGAGAAACUUUUCUUCAGUUUGAAAAAUGCCACCAAGCCAUAUGCCAGCCUGCCCAGCGAGGCUGUCUUUGCCAAUUGCAUUGGGCUGCUGGUGGUGGCCUUUGGGCUGCUGGUUCUCUAUGUCCUUCUGGCUUCAUCCUGGAAACGCCCAGAACCAGGGAUCCUAACUGACAGACAGCCCUUGUUGCAUGACGGGGAGUGAAGCAGGGUGUCCCAGGAACAAUCGGCGGUCGGUCUGUCCUUGCUUCAGAAGCUCUGCUCCACCUUGAGCUCCUGGCCGGUUUCAGUAACAGACUUUCUUCGGGAGCUGGGCCCAAACUUCUCCUUGCCUUGGUGUCAGGCCUGCUGUCUCCAGUCACUUACUGCCCAUUUGCUUUUCUUGGUGGCUUUGGCUUCUCAGCGUGGACUCCUCAGAGCCUCCAUUUGCACAAGACCUUCCUUACCCUAGCCACCCAUGCUGCGUCUGUUCAUUCUGCAGAAUUCCAGCUGAUUUCCCCUUUAAAUUGUUAGGGAUGCGGCAGAAAAUCACAACAGCUUGGGAAAACUGGGACUUAACCGUAGUCCACAGUGUGACCAGGAGGAAGGUCAGCUUUCCUUUUGAAGACAUGCAUUUCAGUUAGGCCACCCACCAGAGAGUGAACUUUGUGUGUUGUCACCCAUCUAGCCCUGACCGGGUGUGUAUCUGGGUGGAGGCAUGGUGGGUGUGAUUGAAGAAGGGGAGGGUGGAGCAGCAGCAUCUGUGUGCGGUGUUGACUGCUCUGUGAUAUUCUGUGUUGCGCUUUGACCAUAUGGCUCCACCUCUUCUAGCUGCUGCUUCAGCUGAGGCCUGGAUCCCGCCCUUUCCCUGUGACUUACAUGCCUGUCACCACUAGGCAGCCCCAUGAGCCCUGGUAACCUGCUGUUCCAAGAACAGACAAUCCGUCCCCAGAUGUCCUACAAGUGAUGAGCAGCAGAGGUUUCUGUGGCCUUGCUGGCAGGCGCAGCCUUUUCUCCUGGCAGGUCCUAGACCAGCAGGUCUUCCCACUCCAGCCCAUGAAACAGGCCAACACUGCGGAGCCUCGUGCCCAGCAGAGCCCUGCGAGCCAUUGCCACCUUUGGAAGAAUCUCCUGCUGAAUACUAGGGUGCUUCUGCCCCAGUGGCUGGCUCCCUGGCUAGGCCAGCUCCUGUGGCAUGCUGCAGUCUGAGCGUUGCGCUUCUCCCACCAGAAACUGGGUGGGGAGGGAGUCUUGCUCCUAACUGCUGGUAUGUGGCUCUUCUUGCCUUCUCCAAAUAAGCCUGCCAGGCCCCAGGCUCCAGACUGCUGUGCUCAGUAGAUAAGAGGGAUGAGGCUUAGGGUUUGCAGCCUGCACUCCCUGGCAGGUAGCCGCAGGCUGUUUACCCCAGCCUCCAUUGCCAGAUGUUGGCAAAUGGGUUGCGGCUGAACUUCCUGGUUGCAUGAAGCCUUCAGUGCUGCUGGGAUGACUGCCAGGCACCUUGGUUGACUUGUCCCCUGUCUCCAUGUGAGUGGGCUUUUUACUGUUUAUUGAAGCUUGAUUUUCAAUAAAUGUUUCUAAGAUUCAAAGGUGGUCAUCAUCUGUUCAGCCCACUGUAACAAAUACCAUGGAUUGAGUGGCUUCAGAAAACAUGUAUUAGGCUGGGUGUGGUGGCACAUGCCUGUAAUCCCAGUGGCUUGAGAGGCUGCGGCAGGAGGGUUGCGAGUUCAGAGCUAGCCUGGGCAUCUUAGCGAGGCCCUAAGCGACUCAGCAAGACCUUGUCUCUAAAUAUAAAAAAGGGGUGGGAGUGUGCUCAUUGGUUAGGCUCCCCAGGGUUCAAGCCCCAGUUCCAAAACAAACAAAAAACCAAGAAAACCAAAAGAACAACAACAAAAAAAACAUGUAUUAGGCUGGAAGUCUAAGACCAAGGCAUGAGGCUGUGGUGUCUGGUGAGGGCCCCUUCACAGAACUCCUCCCUGGGACCUCAGGCGGAGGGAACGUAAGUAGCUCUGGGGCCUCUGCUACCUGAAGGCACUACUCUCACUGAUGAGGGCUCCACCCUCACGACCUCCUCACCUUCCUAAGUACCCCCCUGGCGAUCCCAUCACACUGGGGGAGAGGAUUUCCACAUAUAGAUUUGGAGAGGACAAAGCAUAACAAAAGCUUUCUUUGCUGAAACGAUACUGCUCUUAAAUGAGCACUGGGGCCACCGUGCAAACCUUAGGACAGGACUGACCCUCAGACAGACCUGGGGAGGGCCAACCAAGGCGCCAAAAACCUGUACAACUGUGUGUCUUCCUGGAACUGCAUGUGAGCAUGUGCCUGUGGAUGUCCUAAACAGUGGCUUUUGGGCAUGGGCUCAUCUUACAAGGAAGGAAAUGUUUCCUAUUUUAUAAUCUAGAAAACAAGACUCAAAAAGGACAGAUGAUUGGCCUGAGGUCACCAGUCAGGAAAUGGCAGAAUUGGGCUCUACAGUCUGUUGCCAGCAUUCUUCCUGGCUGCUGGGCACACACCUGUGCAUGCUGACACCAGCCUAUGGUCAGGGACCUGGGACGCAGCUGGACAGGGACCCUGGGCAGAGAAGCUCAAGAACCAGAGGAGUCGAGUUUGGGUGAAGCAGGUGAUGGGCGUGAAGAGGCUCUUUUCCUAGUGUGAUCAGCUGAGACGUCUCGUGAUGGUGGAAUGGCUGACCCGGGAGGGGUAGGGGUCUGACGCCAGCCGUGACACUGACCCCAGAGAGCCAGUGCUCGGACUGCACCGGGGCCUCACCUUACUGGUUCACUUGAACCCUUUCGCAUCCCCACAAGACGGGCACUCUCUUCUGAUUUUACAGAUCCCAAGAGGCUAAGUGUAGGCCCAAGUUCAUGGAGCUGCUUUAAAGCAGAAUCAGAUCUCAAACAUGGAUAUUUGAGUCUAUGGCCGGUGCCGUCAGCCACUCUGCCGAGGACAUACCUACCAGGUGUGGCUAUGUGCACGUGGUAUUUCUGUCAGCACCAGUCAGCAGUCCCUCCUGCCACCUGGGGUCCAGGGGCCACCAGUGAUUGCUCUAGAAAGAACUAGGGCCUGGCAUGGCUACAGUUUCCAGUCUACAGCUGAGCUUUAGAGUACAGUGGUUUCUUUUUCUUCCAAUGUCCCAAAUGUCCGCCCAAUCCCUAAAGACUCAAUAA